UUGGUUUUCUGUAUUCUCCCUCCACCAUUUGAUCUAGCUGUUUACCAGACCUCAGAAUCAGAUAGCAUUCCCAGUGUUCACUCCCCGCAGAACAGUCGCAAAUUUCUCCUUCAAGUGCCCGAAGCCACCGUGCAAGCGGCCGCGUCAGCUGCUUCCAUUUCAUUGUCCGCCCCGUCCGGGAUGCGAAGAUUUAUCCACACCCUUCUCCCGUCCAACAGUGAUUUGAAACCGUUCGAUGAACCGUUCCCACCCCAUGAACAUCCACAACUCAGCCUGGCCGAGGAUCUAAACAUGAAGCGUGUUCAGAACGCCUCGUUCUCGGUGCACCAGGCGGAAGCGAAUGGCGUGGCGGCUCGAUCGACUGAAUAUUUGCAAAAUUUGGUUCAACAUUUGCGUUUGAGCACCCCAGAUGUCUACGUGAACGACCGGGAAUUGACUUCGAUUAUAGCAUACGCCUUGUCUACUCAUGAGUAUGAACGACAUUUGGUUGACUUACAUUCGGUCAAGACUGCUAGAUCGUCUGCCGCUUCUUCCGUGCAAAUUGGGCAGUCUGCUCUAGCUGAACCAAUUCCCACACCCAAAGAGCUUUCUGGGCAUCCUUCGCCUGCACCAAGCAUGACCGCGGGGCGUAAUCAAAAGCAACGCGCAUCAAACCUGGAAGGAGACGCAUGUGUUCCAAACUCCGCUCGAAGCUCAGUGAUCUCUACCCGUUCCUCCGAACACCAUCUUUUCGACUCUGUCAGUGCAAAAAGCCUCACUUCAUCCUCAGCAAGUACCGCACACAUGAAUCACAUGCACAAAUCACCGACCAAUCCAUCCGGUACGACACACGGGCAAAAUCAGACUGUUUCUGCACAAGUGGUAAACGGUGGCACUGGUCCGGCUGCGGCCACAACCGAACGCCCGGGGCCCAGUCAUAAUCGCCAUAUAAAAAUACAGUUCUCCGAUUCAACCACUCAGUUUUUCUGUUGUGUUUAUUAUGCCUCCGAAUUCUUCCGAUUACGUCAACUACUUCUACCUCAAGGCGACGUGGCUUUCCUGCCGAACCGCAUUCUGCUUGCUCCGGCUCAGUUUACACAUCUCUACUUUUUUCUUCAUCUAGAUGAUCGCUUUGUGGUGAAAGAAUUGUCAUCGAUCGAGAUGAAAACGUUCCAUGAAAUCUCGAAACAAUAUUUCGAUUACCUGAUCGGUGCAGCCUUGGAACAGCGUCUCUGUGUUCUCUCUCGAAUAUUGGGUGUAUUUCAUGUCGGGUUCAAGAAUUCCGUGACUGGUGAAGCGCAUCGAUUUGAUGUCCUCGUGAUGGAGAAUCUGUUUCAUGACCGGCCCAAACUGCGCUUCAUCUACGACUUGAAAGGAUCGUUACGUAAGCGUCUCGCCGAUGAACAGGGCACUUUCCGUCGACUAAAUGAGUCGGGCGAUCCAAGAGAUGCGGCUGGCGUCACGGUUUCUGGUCUGGAUGGGCCGAAUGGGGAGUCGGCAGGUAUGAGCCGUACUUACGAUCAGCAACGCACGGAACCUGGAGGAGGAACGGAGAACGCACUAUCCCAUUGUCUACAAGUGGACACCGCGUUCUUGACGAACCUGUUUAUCAUGGACUAUUCGUUGUUGGUCGGUGUGGAUCCCUCAACCAACCAAUUGGUCAUCGGCCUGAUCGAUUAUUUGCGCAAAUUCACCUUGGACAAACGAUUAGAGAUGCUAAUCAAACAGACCAUUACGAGUGCUCAGGGCCCAAUGCCCACUAUUUUGACUCCGGAUUUGUAUCGUGAACGAUUUUUGUUUCAGAUGGACAGCUACUUCCCCUUAGUUCCCGAUCAGUGGUAUGAUAGUUUGGCGGAACACGCUGAAGCGUGGCGUGUGACGCCUAGCCAACCCAACUGA